CUGCGCCUCAAUCAAAGGAAAAUGCCUCGACCGUGCCGGUGUCUGCCACUACGUCGACGGCUGUACUUCCAUCUGUCUCCAAUGAAACGCACCCACCACCAACUCCGCUAA